UCGUUACGCGUUACCAUGACACCGCCAGCCUCCCUGUGUUGUUGGUGCAGCUCGCCGGAUGGUUGAACUAGAGACUUACCAGCAGAGUCGAAUAUGGAGCCUCUACCCGCCUCUUUUUAUGGCAAAAUCAACAAGAAAAACCCCGUCAUCUCAGCUUUUGACAACGAAAUCAAAGAAUUCAUGGGGUACAUGAAGCGAAUGAGCACGUCGGUCAACUUCGAUUACGAGUCUUACGCCAGAGGGUCCAAGAAUGUGUUUGAAAUAUGGAACAAGUACAAGCCCAGAUUGCCCGCCUGUUAUUUUGAAGAGAAUCUGUUGCUUGUUGCAGAUUUUCUGUACCGCAUCAAGCUCUACAAGAUGGCUCUCUGGCAGGGCUAUGGACGAUACCUGCAGCAGUUCAGCUCAGUUAUCGAUAAUGACAUCACAGAUAUCAACCAGUUCAAGAACAUCUUCUUCCCGCGAGGUUUUGAGGCUGACAACGCAAAACUAACAUUCCGUGCACUGCAGGGCCACUGUCUGUGCAGUUUCCAGCUGGAGAGCGAGAAUGAGGGGAGGCUGCAAAGUCAGGCGUCAGUCCAGAAGCUCCUGGACAUCCUGGCUUUCCUGAGGCUCAUGAUGCAAGCAGUGCUGUCGCACGAGCGCCUCUGCUGGAUACUCUACAACGGUUCUCUUCACAUCUACACCAUUUCCAGACAUCUGAUGGCAAUGGGUCACUCUGCACAGGCUCUGGAGUACCUGCUAUGGGCCAGUGUGUGCAUGGAGAUGACAGUGCCCCUGCUUACAGUGAAGUACCUUCCCUGGAGGGCCACUCUGUACGCUGCAGUGUGCCAGUGCUACUAUGACUGCCAAGCAGGGCUACAGGCUGAGGUGUUUGCACGGCGAGCCUUGGGCAAGGUCAGCGAGUUGAGCCAGCUGCAGGAGAUGAGUGUGUCGCCACAGAGCCCUGAGACGCAGAGAUCUUUCCGGGAAGCCACUGUCAAGGUGGCAGUGAUGUUGUUUAAAAGAGCAGUCUAUGAACCCCGAAGGAAACCCAAGGGGCUUUUCCGCCCCAAGCUGAAGAGUAACCUGAAGGAGAUACAGAAUUUGCCAUGGCCUCGAACACCCUCAGAGCGGUUGUUGGUGGAGCUGUUCGAAGGCAGUGCAGCACAGUUCCUGGCACUGUUGGAGGCACUAGGGGACAGUACGCGCCGGCCGCUGCAGACGGGCCUUCCAGAAGAGCCUGAACUGCAGGAGGUGGCUCUUGAGCUGCUGUUUGCUGGAAUUAGCAUCUUGGCUGGAGGAGGAGGAGGAGGAUCAGCUGACAGGGGGGAACAGGACAUGAGCCCGCCACCGCCAAUCAGUGGGAUCAGACAUUCCUGCUCUCUCCUGAAGCUAACUGCAUCUGGUGAAAAUGGGGUGUCUGUUGAAGGGGCUGUCAAGUUUGUAAAGCUGCUGUUCCGCUAUGAGCAGUGGGAGAUGUUCAUCUCCCUUGCCAGCUUAAUGAUUCCACUGCUGCAGAGUCUUGAUGCCCCCAUGUGGUUCAAAGAAGAACUGGAUUUGAAGUUGCUGGUUGCCAUGGAGCCUCUAAUAACAGGACAAAAGUACAAAUAUACCACGAAAGAGAGCAAUGUGGUGGGAGAAGGAGGGCAGGAGAGAGACAAGUCUUCAGGACCAGUGGUGAUGUCUGAUGACCUCCUAGCCCUGGCAGAGACUCUAUAUACCUGUGUCUGUGUCCAGGCAAAGGGCAUGGCACCAGACCUGGACCUGACGCUGGAUAUUGUGCUGUUUCUGUGGAUGAAGUGCAAAACUGUGUUCCAGAGAGUCCAGACAGGACACUCUGACCCCAUCCGCAGUCUGUACAAGCUCGACAACUGCGACAAGUGGGUGCGGCUCCUGUGGUUGGUCAGCGAGGCAGCUCACAGCUGUGGUUUGGCACAGACUGACCCUGCAGUCAUGGCAGAGCUGUCCCUGAGACUGGCCGUGGCGUUGGAGAGCAGCGCAGACUCCACGCUCAAGUCAGGGAGGAAAGCAGGAAGAGCCCAGGACAGUAGCGCUGGUCCUCCGCCUGACCCCACCGAUGUACUUAGCAUUCUGAAGAGGACCCCAGUGGAGCAGCUCCAAGUGGCCUACGAUCUUCUGGAGAGGGCUGUGGAGAGUGUCGCCUGGGGCAGAGCAGUGUCCCCUCCUGCUGGGGCCGUGGGCGUUGCCGACACUACGCAGCUGCAGUGUAUGAGGUCCACAGUCAAGGAAGUGUCAGAUGGCCACAGCAGCUCAUUUAGGACAGUCUGCAGCCCAGACAUACUACAGCCUUUCACCAUGGACCUGCACCUGGAACUUCUCAGUGUACAGCACCGUAUUGCCAUUAAGCUCAUCAUCAUCUCAUCUGAUCUCCAGCAUGUGGAUAAUAAGAGCAUCAAGUCAGUGCGGUUAUCUGUAAAUGUGGAGCACCCACAUCAGACUAACAGUACUGUAACAGAACCUACACUGCUUGAGAAAAUAAAGAAGAACAAGGUGUGCAGGGCUCUCUUCUUGAUGCAGAAGGCCUUGUGCUCCUCAGGAAAAGAGCAAACCAGCUCUGCAAACAAGAAGCUCCUGGAGGAAGCUGUGUCUAUGUUGGAGAAGGUAGACAUAGAGGAGAAGAGGCUGCUCAUUGAGAACAGUGUACAGAAGGGGAGGAAGGAAUGGAGGAAUGGGGUCCCGCCAGCCCCCAUUCUGUUAUCACGAACGUAUACCUCCAUGACCUUCAUGCCCGCGCCCUACAGCCCAGCCCAGCAGGUGUGUUGGUACCUCAUCUUCGGCCGAACUUCAACAGGGAGCAAUCUGAAGGCACGACUGAGUGACUGCCAUCUACCAGGCACAGGAGAGCAGGUCCCUGCUGGAGGGGAGUGUGUGCUGAGAGUACAAGGGCUGGAGCCCAAUGAAAAGUACAUCUUCGCUGUGGCUGCAUAUGAUGCCAGUGGAAAAAUGAUUGGAGAUGCCAUUGGAGAGAGCACUAGGCCUGUGUUAGCAUCCCCUCCCCUCCCCCUGCUUACAGCUUGGGCACACCUGGCACAGGCAGCUUAUGAGACUGGGCACUACCCUCUCUCUGUGAAGGCCUCCGGAGUGCUGUGGAAGCACUUCACACAGACCACCAGCCCUGAGGCAAAGGGACUUCCAGAGCCUGGGGCCGGCGCACAGCAGCCCACCCAGACCAGGUUGGUCUCGGAGGCACUGACCCAGGCCUCCCCUCUCCUGCUCCAGCUCUUCCUCAGCACCAUCUUCAUGCAGACGGACAUCCGUGUCCAUGAAGGGAAGCUCUUCUGUGACUCACUGUGUGAUGGGGGCCCACUAAUUUGGGGACAGGUGGCUCGGCUGGCAGAGUGUGAGCGAAUGCUGGUUGCGCUGGAUUUGGCCUUGUGGUUGAACGACAGCAGCGUCGCCCUACAGGCUGUUGUGGAAUGUUAUGGAUUGCUGGCCCCUAUCAUCUACCACAGGAUCCCAUCUGAUAGUGUUGUUGAGGUGCUUAUGAAGUGCCUGGCAGUGUUACAGGAGUUACCCGGAGUGUUUAGACAGAAACGCUCUGUGCCUGUGCAGGAGUCACUGCAGCACAUGGUAGCAUGUAUGACCUACUAUAUGGCCAAGGUGCUGCGGUCUUGUCAGGAGUACCGCUUGGCCUCAGCAGUGAUUGACAUGGGGAAGAAGUUAUUGCUGGAGUCCACAGAGAGCAGCGGGUCCACCCUGGGGGUGCAGAAUAAACCCCCCAUUGCUGAGGAACAGGGGGCUCAGAGGGAGAGAUCACAGAAGAGGCCAGCAGCAAUGCAGCCCGAAGAGGAGAUGAACGAACAGCUGAAGGCCCUGGAGGCCAGCGUACUGAAGACCAGGAGACUGGGCACCAUCCUGCACCAAGAUACUAACAGCUGGAACAAAGGAGUUCUAGAGCUGACAGGCCAGGAAGAGCCCUCAGUCCUGUACUCUGUCAUUGCCACCUAUCAGCUGAAGUCUGCCUACAAAGAAGGUGUCAAAGCUUGCAGGGAGGAUGCAAUGACAUGA